GUGGGGUUGGGUUGGGUGAUGGUGAUGACGGGGGUUGGUUCUCUGGCUCGGUGUGCGCCCAGGGGGAGUGGGGAGGGUCGUUGUGGUGGUGGUGCAGGCGGAGCACGGGGAGGAGAACUGCACUGGGCUGGGGGGCUGCGAGAGGGAAUAGAAAAAGGGACUGAAAUCGAAAUUGGUCACGCCGAGGCGGCUUUGUGCGCGCAUUGAUCGCCGCCUAUUAGCGACCGAGAAGCCCGCGCGCCAUUCGUCGGGUGUGAAUGCAGCCCCGACCUUUUAAAGCGGCCGCCGCUUCCAGCGCGAACGUUGUGGCCACAGAAGAAGCACUAUUUAUUGUUGCUGGAGGGAGGAGGGGGAGGGCAGAAAAGCAGGGUGGGGACAGCCCCGUGGGCUUGGAGGAGGAGAGGGAGGGAGACGCGCAAUCGAACCCAUCAUGCGCGCUAACUUUUACGCACUGCCUGCGCGCACUUUUGUCUACUCAGUGCUGAACGCUAACUAGUUGAGAGCGCUGGUCAGACACUGCGGCACACGCGCGCGCACGCGGGGUACACGCGAGGCGACCCCAGUUGAGAGAGGCGCGCGCGCGUUCACGCCCAGAGAGGAGGAGGAGGACGACGACGACACGCGGCACGGAAAAUGCUGCGCUCCCUCGGUGGCUCCUGGGCGCCCGUGCCUCUGGCCCUGCUCCUCAUCCACUGCGCGCGACUCAACGCGGCGUUGUCCGACACCGAGCGGACCUCUUUGGGCAGAGAGCAAGAGCAGCAGCAACAACAACCACAGCACCAACACCUGCAGCAGCAACAGCAGCAGCAGCAGUUCCAACAGGGCAGGUGUCAGCCAAUCGUGAUCCCCAUGUGCCUGGGCAUCGGCUACAACACCACGCGGCUGCCCAACUCGCUGGGACACGAGGAGCAGCAGGAGGCCGCCAUCAAGCUGCACGAGUUCGCGCCGCUCGUCGAAUACGGCUGCCACGUGCACCUGCGCUUCUUCCUGUGCUCCGUGUACGCGCCCAUGUGCAGCGAGCAGGUGUCGCAGCCCAUCCCGGCGUGCCGGCCCAUGUGCCGCGCCGUGCGCCAGCGGUGCGCGCCCGUGCUCGAGCAGUUCGGCUUCGGUUGGCCUGACGCGCUCGACUGCGCCCGCCUGCCGACGCGCCACGACCCCAGCGCCUUGUGCAUGGAGGCGCCGGCGGCGGACGACGAUGAAGGAGGCGGAGGAGGAACCGGUGGCGGAGGUGGAGGAACCGGUGCGGCAGGUGGAGGUGAACCUCAUGACCGACUCCCACUGGCGCCGCUGGCACCUCCGCUCCACGGCGGCGGCGGCAGCAGCGGCCACCCGCAGCACACGGGGUCUCCGAACCAGGGCGCGCAGCCACCCGGCGGCAGGGCGUCCGUGCCGUCUUCGUACAAGCCCACCAUCAACGUGGGUCGCGGCGACGACAGCAAGGGCGUCCAGCCUCACCCGCCUCCCCCCAGGAGCGGGUCCCCGACGUCGUGCGAGAACCCCAGCAAGUUCCACUACGUGGAGCGCAGCGAGUCGUGCGCGCCGCGCUGCGGGCCCGACAUGGACGUGUACUGGAGCGGCGCCGACAAGCGGUUCGCGUCGGUGUGGCUCGCCGUGUGGUCCGCGCUCUGCUUCGCCUCCAGCGCCUUCACCGUGCUCACCUUCGCCAUCGACUCGUCGCGCUUCCAGUACCCGGAGAGGCCCAUCAUCUUCCUCUCCAUGUGCUACUGCCUGCACUCGGUGGCAUUCCUCGUGCGCCUGUUCGCCGGCGCGUCCAGCAUCGCGUGCGACCAAGACAGCGGCAGUGCGUACAUCAUCCAGGCGGGCCUCGAGAGCACCGGCUGCACCCUGGUCUUCUUGCUGCUCUACUACUUCGGCAUGGCUGCGUCCGUCUGGUGGGUCGUGCUCACUUUCACGUGGUUCCUGGCUGCCGGCAUCAAGUGGGGGCACGAGGCGAUCGAGGCCAAGAGCAGCUACUUCCACCUGGCCGCCUGGGCGCUUCCAGCCGUGCAGACCAUCGUGAUCCUGGGCCUACGCAAGGUUGCAGGCGAGGAGCUCACGGGCCUGUGCUACGUGGGCGGACUCAUGAGCCCCAACGCGCUGGCGGGGUUCGUGAUCGUCCCUCUCACCUGCUACCUCAUCCUGGGCACGUCGUUCAUCCUGGCCGGGCUCGUCGCACUCUUCGACAUCCGCCGCGUGAUGCGCACGGGCGGCACGGACACGGAGAAACUCGAGAAACUCAUGGUGAAGAUCGGCGUCUUCUCCGUGCUCUAUUCCGUGCCGGCCACCUGCGUCAUCGCCUGCUACUUCUACGAGUGGUACAACGCUGAUAGCUGGAGGACCCUUGCAGUGGCCUCCAAGUGCAGGGCUGCGCAGGGCAACCAGACGCCCGACUGCACGGCCGUCCAGUCCAUCCCCUCCAUCGAGGUGUACCUGCUCAAGGUGUUCAUGUCACUGGUGGUGGGCAUCAUCAGCGGCAUGUGGAUCUGGAGCUCUAAGACGCUGCAGUCGUGGCAGAUGCUCUGGAACAAGAAGUUGUCUCGGCAGACCGGGCGCAAGGGGGGAGUGCAUUACAAGUCUCCCUCGCUUGCCGUACAUGCGCCUCCCGGCCACCCAGAGACCAUAGCCGAACAGCCGGCAUUUGUCUAACAAGCUCGUGUCGUCUCGUGUCUGCCACUUCUGUAGAUUGCUAUACAAUAUACAUAAAUAUAUAUAUAUGCGUGUGCCCUACUGCAUGUAAAAUUGACACUGAAACCACUACACUACAGGGCAUAUAAACCUACCAGCGGACCAUACGUGCUGCUGAUACGUGCAAACGCUUUGAAGUGACAAGCGUGUGUGCAUGCAUUUCUGGAAGACUGAUGCAGAAAUUUGCAGCCGUGCACUGCGUGCGAUGGGUGCAAAAAACAACGCACAGUUGUGCAUAUUGAUUGUGCAAAUUGAGAUUUUGUUUUCCUUUGGUCCGAUUGUAUUGGGAAUGUCACGUGCUCAAGAUGCCCCCCUCGGUUGGGCUCUUCUCUUAUGCACCAGCACAGGCGUCUCGAUGAAAACAGGGCUCUAAACGGUGUCCACCGAAUGCCACGUCAUUUUUUUACAAAUGUAUACAAACAAGUGUUACGUGUUACGAUUAUGUUUUUUUAAGGUGUCCAGAAUGAUAAAUGUGUGGGGGGUGGGGGCGGAACGACACAACAAAUUAACACGUGGCGUAUUGUGAUGCCCCCCAAAUGUAAGUACUAACGAUACAGAGUCAUAGAAUUUAUUUAGAGAUCGUUAUAUUGGAAAAUAUUAUUACAAGUGCGAGCCCAUGUGUAGCUUAAACAUCCGAUUACAAAUGUGGUACAGGCAAUACAAUUAUCAAAAUGUUUUGCCUGUACCACAUUUAUAUAGUGCGUCUGUAUAAUAUUCUGAGCCUUUUACAAAGAAAAAAACAGCCUAAAUUGUAUUCAUGCGUGUAUUUAAAAGUAAUGCAAUACCACAACCCGAAGGUAACAGACACAUCUGGUUUGUACUGAACUCCAGAAUCUGGUAGACAUUUAGUGAAUGAGUAAAUAAUCUCCUGUUUUGGAAACUACACACAGUGUAUCUUGCAGGGGCAUUUAAAAUGUGUACCAUAUUUACAGUUUCGACUUGACCUCGAGGCUUAAAGGUACAAUUUAUCAUCAGGAACGUGGAGGUAAAUUAUAGAUUCCAGAUUGUGCCUUUUCGAGACCAGAUAUUUUGUAUUGCUUUUGUCCAAACAGUUUGGACAAGAUUUAAGAGACUUUUUUUCGUAAGUUUUUACACUUUCUUACGAUGAGUGGGUUGGACAAACCUAUUACGUUCGCAAAAAAGGUUACACGUUUAGAAUUGCGGACGACGUUUUUUUACAGACACAGUGUUUUCUUAACAAUUGUCAUGAAGUGCGCCAUAAUACAAGGCAGCGAUGUGGUAUUAGCCUUAAACUUUUGUAUGUUUUUUGAACUUCGUUCGCACCGUGUGUAGCCAACAGUGCUAAAUGGAGGUGCGUGCGCUGACAUUUGCUGUAGCAACAUAAUUGCGGCAAUGGGUGAAUCGGAAAUCUUGCUUUGCGGGAUGGUUACGAGACCAUACAAACAUCACCAAUGCCGUUUAAAUGCGCCGAGUCAUUGCAAAUAACCCAACGUGGCCAUUCUUUGCAAACCACAGCCGAACUUUGUCGUAAAAGAUAAAACAAGAUAAUUAUGUUUUCUCGUUUGGCCACCUACCACUCAGAAUGCCUCACUGGAAAGGAGCGCAUUAGCAACUAACACUCGUAUAAGGAAGCAAUUUAAUAUUAAACGAAUGCUCUGAACGUGCAUCAAGGUCAGACAAACUAAUAUUCUAACAAGUAAAAGUGAAUAACCCAUCGACUAAUAUAUGCAGGCUAAAAACAAAAAUAUAUAACUUAACACGUAUAACCGUGCACCAGAAAUGGUGCCCAGACUUUUCAGAGUUUAGCCUGGAUAGUGUUUGGGUGGACGAACAUGCAAAAACAGGUGUCAUAGGCUGUGGUGGGCAGCAGAGGGUUGUGCAGUACUCUGUACUGUACUGUACUACCACGUCUAUGCUCCCCGACUUCUCUAACCCACACUCACGAGAGUGGUAAAGUUCUGUCAAAUCUGUCUCAUGGCUUGGGAAGGCCCUCACGAAGUAGUGGAUUGACAAGGGGGCCGUACGCGUACAUCUUGCCAAGCAUCAUCGUGCCUUGUUAUGCAUAACUGUUUGGUAUGUAAACGAUGUGUUAUUUGAUGGAGAUCGUGCAACUCAGUUCGUGUACAAGUGUACACGGCCCAUGGUGGGCAACGAUUCAGGGUGGUGAUGAUGAUGAUGAUCAAGGUGUUGUGAACCCAAAGACCUUUUGUCUCUUGAUGUUGAAAGGCGGGCAGCUCCAACACAGCUGCACAUCAAUGGGAUUGCUAAUGUCCUCUGCAGUACUGUGAUGUUAAAAGGAUCAUUUAUAGCACGACUUCUCACUGCCAAAUCGGAUCGUAACAAAACAAUGGCAGUGUAAAAUAGAUGAAGGUGCAGGCUUGCAAUUUCUUAUGCAUUACCACUGCUUAUGGAAGGUGCCACACGAGAGGGAGCUCUUGUCAGCUACUCUGGGGUAGCCUACUCUUCUACGCUGGCCAGAUGUCAAUAACAGAUGUGUGAGUACUCCACUUUGAAUUGGAAGACACGUCACCGCAAUUUAGUGGUCAACGUCCUCCCCUUUGUGAGUGGCUCUGCAGGUUGUGACUGAUUAAUUUCACAUUCACGUUCUCUGUCGCUGGAUAUAGGUGAUGCGUGAGACGCUGAUCAUCUGUGAAUUCUAACACGGCAGUAAACACUCCAGCUAUCCAGGUUUUAAUUUGCCAAUCAAGUGUGCAAGUACAGUACGGUGAUUAAGCAGGCAACGUGUUCUGGGUAUAGGAGCCGAUUCAGGCGUUAGCAUGAACUGAUUUCCUGUCGAAUUAACGGAUGAAAAUUGGCAAAACUGACAGAAAAUCGUGGUAAUUUGCCAUUUUGUUUUUCUCCUACCAAUUAUUCGCAGGAAAUUACUCCUCGCGACUCAUGUCACAGAAGUUGGAGAAUGUAAUCUUAAUUGACUGCAAACGUGGCACUGAGAUGUGCGUGGAUGAGGCAGCUCCUCUGCCUUGGCUUCCUCUCUUGCUUUGAACGCUCGGCACGUGAAGACCACAGAGUCAACAAUCAGCUCUUUUUACAUCUUACUCAUCUCUCAUUUUAAAACCCUCACACGCUGACUGCAACUGGUUAAAGCUAUGACGAGAUCACAGGUGUUUUUUUCAUAGACAUUACAGAAGGCGUGGGUGGUGCGCAAGUCAUGUCCUGUAUGUGCCGGUGUGCAUUUUGCGCGUCUGUCGACAGUCACCGUUCUCUCCUGCACUCACAGCAGCGGAUGCCUUUAGAAAUUGUUUCCUUGACUCAACUCCUGUUACAGCAAAUGACAUCUUCUGUUGUUGCAAUGCUGUGAGUCUUUCAGCUUUGACUCACGGCUUAUUGGCAGUAGAAUGUGUGCCCAUGGUAAUGAUUCGUCAUCAUCAUCGUCGUCGUCAUCAUCAAAACUAUUGAGGUUUCAUUGCAUUUUUGUUGCUAGCAUAAACAUGUUUCUGAUCCAUAUGUGAAAUCAAAAACCGAUCUGUAACAGAAGAAUCGGUGCAAGCCGGAAAGUCAUCAGUUUCAAACAAUUAUUACUGCCUUUUGCUACGGAGUGAGUACUCUUGUUAAAAAAAAAAACACUUUUUAAAUUAUAUUUUUAAACAAAUUACUGGUAUCACAUCCUUAUUUCGCAUGUUUUAUUUCAAAUGAGAUUUUUUUUUAAAAGUCACCUUGGUAGUCCAGACUGGUGGCACACCCUGCACCUUUGGCGCAUAGCAAGUCACGGUUGUCAAAAAAUGUAGCCCACUUCGAAUGUACAGCUUGAAACUUACGCCAGCAAAAAGCAUCCAUUCAUCUCAUAUUGCUGAGGUCUCCAAAAAAAUUCGCCGCAGAAAAACUGUCGGCCGUACAUCGAGACUUGUUCAGUUUCUCGCUCUCUAUUUGCAUGUCAGAUUGUGGCCUCAGUUCGUUGACGAUUGUGACAUGCCACGUCAAAGGUACUAAGUGGUGCAGCACCACAUACCACAGACGACGACGAGUAUCGUCUCCGCAGGCAACAUUUUAAUGCUCCCACUUAUUAAGUCACUCAACACCACUUACGACAGGGUGUGCGCACAUUCGGCCCAUUUUUUAGGUUUUAUAACUGAAAUUUGUAACCCUCGUGGUUUGCCCAAAUAUACCGUGUUCUUCUAUACGUUGAGAUUGGGGACACGAUGCUUUGAUGUUUGAUGUACGCUUUGAAAACAUGCAAUUAUAUGAUCAGGAUUGCUGCAGUCGGCACCACUUAAGACACAGAGUGGAGAAAGUCUACAACUGGAGCACUGUUAUUAGUACGCUGUUGUAGCCUUGUCAUUUGUAAAAAAAAACAUAGUGCCACAUGAUCUAAGAUAUUCAGAAAUGUAAUUGACGGCGCAUAUGCUUGUUUUGAUAUGAAACAGUGACAUUACUAUGGCAUUGCAUUUGAAAACAUUUUCCAUUCGGUCAUAUGAUAUCUUGCAGGGAAAAUACCUUUGUUGAAACAAUGGUCAAGUUUCUUUAAUCCACCCCUUGCCUCUGUCCACCCAGCAGAAUACAUGAUUACACCACAGUUAGUCGAUGGCAGGUCAUGUGUAUUGGGUUGAUGUGUGGGUUCUCGCACUGCUUCCAAUGACGUCUAGGCAGCGUGGAAGAGUAGGCCAAAUACGAUCUAGAGGGGCUCUCUAAUUGAGGAGCUUCCACUAACAGUGGCGUGGGCAUGACAUUGCAGGGCUGCAAUGUUACCUCUUAUUUUGUUAAAAAAGGGCUAUUGACAUCCAUUACUAUUUUCAGUACACACAUGGUGUUUAAGUAUAUUUGCAAAAAAGCAAAAACUCCGUAAAAUGGGAUUGCAUUGCACGAUAACACAUCAAUUGAAUUUCGUGUAAUUCAGCAAGGCCUUCCAGUAACGAUCGUUUGUUCCAGUGGAAAUUUCAUAAGCGUUUUCUUCUAUGAGAGUGGAUACAUAAAGACAGGCACUGCCUGUGGAUAUGGGUGCACAUUAAAUUACUUUGUAUCCAGGACAUUGAAGGGCACACACGCACACACGCACACCACCUGAAGGAUCGACACUCAUAACAUGUUAAACAUGGCAUCUCUAAAAAGGCAACUGCUGGUAGCUGCUUUUGAUGUUCUCAUACAUUACGCUCAUCUCAACACUAACUUUAACUUAGUGUACAAAUGUUGUGUGGAGGGGGGGGGGGUUGUCCUUAAAGAGCUACAAAUAUCGAUAAAGAGAUCUAUUUUGUGUUACGCCAAGAAAUGGCCAAAGUAUGUUGAUUUCAUCAGAACAGGGAUAGUAUUGUGUUUGUAAGGUUCAGAUUAAGAUUGCAGAAUGGGCUGCUGAAUAAGUAGAUUGCACAUUGACGUCACAUUACAGUCAGUGGUAUCACUUGGGCAUAUCGCGCGAGACUGACAAACGUUGAUGCCCCAAAACUCUUUGGUCUCAGAAACAUGUGGUCGCAAGCUUGGUCUGUCCGCUGCUUGACAAUGUGCGCGUCCACAUUAAUUAAAGGUGAGCUGAAAUAUACGAUUUUCAUUCAGCAGAAGCGGCAAAUGUGAGCCGCAUUCAGAUCACAGUUCAAACACACAGCCUUUGUAUAUUAAACGCAUUCUGCUCACACAGAUGAAACGCAUAUGCUUUUUAUUCAGUUCUAACAUGUUUUAAUUUUACUUGGAAAUUUUGCUCAAGUGCAUCAUCCGAUGAUGGCUGGUCUGUAAAAGGUAGUCUGUGCGCUCACGGGCCAUUUUUUGCCUGGAGAAACUGGCAUGUUGAGUACGAUGCCUAUAGAAUAGAUGGCCCUGCGGUCACGUGAUGCCAUGGGCUUUGUUUUGAGCCACUCGUAUUUAUUGAGGACAUUAAGGUCCUGCAACAGUGAUGCCUUGCAGUGAACACGUGGCAGGUUAGUAGCCAAUGCCGAGCUUGUUCCAUUUAUUAAUAACAAGUGUGUACAUUAUUUUUAAAAUAUUUAACAACAAAUGGUGUUAUCGCUUCGGCAACCGUGCACGAAUCAACAAACAAUACAAACUCCAACGCAGCCGUCAAUCACACUGCACCGAAGAGGAAACAACAUUUAACAACAUAUAAUAAGUGACAUUUCGCGCAAUGGCCCUUCAUCUAUUGUGAAUAUUUUCCCCCUUUUGGGAAAUGUUAUGGAUAUAUUAUCCCCACAUUUGUUGCUGGUGGGGUUUGUUUUUGUUUAACCGCUCUAGCUUAGAAAGUGCAUAAAGUACUCGAGGUUGAGCUGACUCAGUCCCGAGUUCUCUCCGUAAGCUGGUGUUAUUAUAGAGCCAUGUAUAAUAGCUCAUUUAACACGUUUUUUCCUCCUUUAAAAACUAAAAAUGUUUUAUGUUGGUAUUAAAAUACUGUAUUGUACAUUGCUUCAAAUGCCUUGUUGGAUAAAUUGCUAUAUUUAUAAUAAAAUCAUAUUUUCAA